AAGUGUCUUCAGGCUUGCCGGAAGUGGCUCGCGCUGCGAAGUUGACAUUGUGUGUGAGGGCAGCCGCAGCUUUUAUUGGCGGAAAGUUGGACUGAACGGCGUUGCACCAUGUCACUAGCAGGAGAUGCGUUCGCUUGCCAGAUGGCAGCUGCAGAACCUUGGCCUGAAAAUGCAACACUCUAUCAACCAUUAAAAGGGGAACAGAUUUUGCUGUCAGACAAUGCUUCGUGCCUUGCUGUUCAGGCAUUUCUACGGAUGUGCAAUCUGCCGGUCCAGGUGAUUUGUAGGGCAAAUGCAGAGUACAUGUCCCCAUCUGGCAAAGCGCCUUUUAUUCAUGUGGGUAAUCAUGUUGUCUCAGAGCUUGGCCCUAUUGUGCAAUUUGCAAAAGCCAAGGGUCAUUCACUCACUGAUGGACUGGAUGAAAUUCAGAAGGCUGAGAUGAAAGCUUACACAGAACUGGUGAAUAAUAUGCUGUUGACAGCAGAGCUUUACAUACAAUGGUGUGAUGACAGCACUUCAGCGCAGAUAACUCGUUCUAGAUACGGGUCACCUUAUCCUUGGCCUCUAAAUCAUAUUCUGGCCUAUCAGAAGCAAUGGGAAGUAAGGCGCAAGAUGAAAGCAAUUGGAUGGGCUGGGAAAACUUUUAAACAGGUACUUGAAGACGUAGAUCGAUGCUGCCAGGCUCUUUCCCAAAGACUGGGAUCCCAGGCCUAUUUCUUUACCAAACAGCCAACGGAACUGGAUGCUCUGGUGUUUGGUCAUUUGUUCACAAUCCUUACAACUCAGUUGACCAACGAUGCAUUUUGUGAAAAGGUGAAAAAUUAUGAAAACCUCAUAAAGUUUUGUAGAAGAAUAGAGCAGAACUACUUUGAAGAUCAUGAUCGAGAAAGUGCAUUGAGUUCAACAUCCCGGUGCUCACGAGGCUCUUCCACAAAGUAAAUUAUAAAAAAACAAAAUAAGUUAAUUUUUGGAAACAAAGUAAUUAAUAUUGCAUUGUUGCAAAAGUAAAACUGACGAGUAUUCAACAAGCUGAUUGCCAGAUUUUAGUGUGUUCGUGCAAUUAGUCUGUUCUUCUGUAAUAUUAGUGAAAACUAUACAGAUCUGAUGAUCUAAUUGUUGGUAUUAUGUCCUAGUCCUUUGUUUCUAUUGAAUAUAUAUGUAACAAACAACUUGAUGGAGCUGUACUGACUUAAAAUGUAUUAAAGAAUAAUGUAGAAAAUCUGAAAGUCCUGAUUGUAGUGUUUGUAAGUAUAAAGUAAACUCAGUGACUUCUGAUUAAUGAACAAAAGGAAACUGAAUUUGCAUUGCAGAGAGGAUUACCAUGUUUGCAGUUACAGCCCUAAAUUUUCAGUCUGUUGUCUUUAGGAUUUAACAACUAUACCAAAAGAAGAUAGUUGUAUUUAUAAGCUGAUUAGGCCUGUUUCACUUGAAGGGUGGCUUUCUCCAGCAGUGAGCCAGACGGUCAGUUACCAGAAGCCACGUCCUUGUCCAAAUUCAGUCAGUCUUAUACUUCUGAUGCCACCAUUUGAUUGUGGCAUGCCUUGUACUAGAUCUGGUUGGACUGGAUAAAAUUUAGGUAAUCUCAAUGAUUUUGCAAAAGCUG